UUUGAGAUAUUCAAUUCCUACAGACAAUUUCAAGCUCAUAAACCAACAUGAAAACUCUACACUCCCUCGUCUUCUUUCCAAUCCUUCUGUUUUCAUUGCUUUCUUUCACCUCAAUCACUCAAGCAGCCACCUUCGAGAUAUUGAACCAGUGUGAUUUCCCAGUCUGGGCAGCGGCUGUACCAGUUGGUGGUGGCCGACGACUAGGACCCAACGAACGGUGGACAAUUGAUGCACCUGCUGGAACGACCCAAGCCCGCAUUUGGGGACGAACAAAUUGUAACUUUGAUGGUAGUGGCCGUGGCAGAUGCGAAACUGGUGAUUGUAAUGGCCUUCUCGAAUGUACCAGCUUCGGUCAACCACCAAAUACUCUAGCUGAAUAUGCACUAAACCAAUUCAAUAACCUAGAUUUCUUUGAUAUUUCUCUUGUUGAUGGAUUUAACAUACCCAUGGACUUUAGCCCUACUAGUGGUUGUCGGGGUAUCAAAUGCACAGCGGAUAUCAAUGGGCAGUGUCCAGGUCAACUACGAGCACCGGGUGGCUGUAAUAACCCAUGCACAGUUUUCAAGACUGACCAGUAUUGUUGCAAUUCAGGCAAUUGUGGACCCACUGAUUUCUCAAGAUUUUUCAAGGAAAGGUGCCCCGAUGCUUAUAGUUACCCGAAAGAUGAUGCGACUAGUACUUUUACUUGCCCUGGUGGUACAAACUAUAGGGUUGUGUUUUGCCCACGUUAAGGUUCCGCUAAUUAUUGGAGCUUCUCAAAUAAAAACUGUAUGCAUGAUAUAGUUUACCUAAAAUAACGAUGAAGCUCUGAAAUUAUGUUAUCUUGAUUUGUAAGGUUGAAAAAACUAUCUAUAUAGUGCUAUUCCGGCAGAAUCAUAUUUGUCCGGUUAUUUUGUGUGC